AUGGUCAUGGAUAAAAACAAGAACUCAACUCAACAAAAUUCAUCAGCUGCAAGACAAAGACGAAGAGGAGUUAUAGCAAACAAGAAACAAUGCAGUCAGAUUCCAAAUCCUUCCAUCAGUUCAUCUAUUUCUGGUAUGGAUUCUACAUUGAAAGAUGUUGCUGAUUUUUCUGACAUUAGCACAACAAAAUUGAACCAACUCAAUCAGACCACACGCAAUUACCUUCAUAACCUUGGUAAUACAUCCAAUGCAUGUCAUUUGAAUAUUCCUAAGUCAGCUCCUAAUAGGCAAUUUAUAUUUCAAUCAACUGGAAAGAACAUAAACAAAAACUUUAAUGAUAUAGUUAGACUAAUUGCUGCUAAUGAAUCAACUCCUCAAGUAGGUAGCAAACGACAGCCAUAUUAUUGGAACACUGUUGAUGAUAAUCUAAAUCCUGAUGUCAUUUAUACUCCUCCAACAAACACAGUGAACUUUCACUCCACAAAAUCUUCAAACAUUGCAACUACUCCACUCCACACACAGGUCUUAAAUUCCAAAUCCUCAACUCCUACUGCAAAUGUUCCUUUUGCUGACAUUACAAAGAGAUCACAAAAUAAGGUCAGCAAUUGCUCUACAAAUAUCAUGAGGCCACAUAAUAAUACAAACCAACCAGCCUUUACAAAUUUUGGGAAUGACAUACCUCAUAGACAAUUUGUUUUUAAAUCUACUGGAACUAAUCUCAUGAAAAACUUUAAUGACACAGAAAACAUAAAGGGUUCAGAUAGUUUACAUUCUCAAUUAGGUUGCAAAAUAAAGUCACAAGAACAAAAAUUUGGGAAUGAAAAUGUAGCUGUCAACAACCUACCUACUAAUUCAUUAGAGACCUUAAGUUUGUUCUCCAAAAAAGCCAAAACUUCACACUUGAACUCUAGUACUAUUUCAACUUCUGCAAGUUCUCAACAAUGUCAAACCAAUGAUUUUGCACCAAAUGCACAAACUACACAACCAUAUGAUUUUAGCAAUAUAGUGGAACCACCUAUGAAAAAAUCCCGUUAUGAAACCCGUGGAGUUAACUUAUACAACAAGUUUACUGCCACCGUUACAAAUCAGACAAAUGAUGUAGCAAUUGAUGUUGUUGGUGACAAAACUAAAUCUCAGUACUCAACAUUGUUUGAGGAUCAUGUCAUGGAAACUUCGUCCGAUGAAUCUGAGGCAGACAACAACAGUUCAACUGAUGCAGAUGAAGAAACUGAUGAUCAAGAAGACUUAACUGAUGAUGAACAUCAAGGAUAUUUUGAUAUAGGUGAUCCUGUUUGGGAAUGCCAACAAUGUGGUGCACACAUGUGGUAUCAAGAAAGAAAGAAUAGGAGUAAAAAUACUUUAAGACCUGAAUUCCAGCAAUGUUGUCAUGGAGGUAAGGCUGAGCUGUCGUUGCUUGAACAACCACCAAAACUUCUUCAGCAACUAUUGUUUAACAAUGUCAGAACAGACAGCAAAAAUUACCAAGCACACACAAGAAUUUAUAAUUCCAUGUUUGCUUUCACAUCUCCCGGAAUGAAAAUUGAUGACAGGAAAAAUGUUGGUAAAGGACCACCAACUAUAAGAAUUCAAGGACAAGUUUGUCACAGGAUUGGAAGCAUGUUGCCACAAGAGGGUGAACACCCUAAAUUUGCACAAUUGUAUAUUUAUGAUACUGAAAAUGAAAUUAAAAACAGAAUCCAUGCCUUCAGGGAUAACAAAGAAAUUGAUGCCAACAUUGUACUCAAAUUGAAGAAUAUGCUUGAUACACACAACGUUCAUGCAAAGUCUUUUAGAAUGGCCAGAGACACGUUGAAAAAAAAUCCUUUCCAAGAUCUUAAGUUGAAAUUAAUUUCUGAAAGAACAACUGAUGGUAGGAUUUAUAACAAGCCCACUGUGUCUGAAGUUGCUGCUCUGAUAGUUGGAGAUAUUGAUAGUGCUGCAAAAAGAGAUAUCAUCAUGCAUAAAAGAAAUGGCAAUUUACAAAGAAUUAAUGAAUUUCAUCCGUGUUAUCUUGCUUAUCAAUAUCCACUCCUCUUUCCAUUUGGUGAAGAUGGUUUCAGAAUAGGUAUUCAAUUUAGAUAUAGCCAUGAAACUGUUGUUACAAAAAGGAACAGAUUAACUAUUAAAGACUGGCUUUCUUUUCGAAUUCAAUCAAGGAAAAAGGAAGCCAAAACUUUAUUAUGUUCAAGAAGACUUUUUCAGCAAUUUUUGGUUGAUGGCUAUACUAUGAUGGAAACUGAAAGGUUGAAUUGGCUGAGAAGAAACCAUUCAAAGCUCAGGGUAGGAAAAUAUCACACAUUAAGACAGAUAACUGAAAACAAUGUAGGUAAUGCAGCUCAGAAAACAGGCAAGAGAGUUAUUUUGCCUUCAACUUUUGUUGGCAGUAAAAGAUACAUGGAUCAACUAUAUUUUGAUGGAAUGGCAAUCUCAUCUGCAGUUGGUUUCCCAGACCUGUUCAUAACAUUUACAUGCAAUCCAACUUGGCCAGAAAUCACAAGAGAAUUAGCAAAACACAAUUUGAAACCUCAAGAUCGACCUGACAUUGUCACAAAGGUCUUUAAAAUCAAGUUUGAUAAGCUUAUGAAGGAUUUAACAAAAAGACACGUGUUAGGAAAAGUUCUAGCAUAUAUGUAUACAAUUGAAUUUCAGAAAAGAGGUCUCCCACAUGCUCAUAUAUUGAUUUUCUUGCAUCCUUCAAGCAAAUAUCCUACACCUGAAGAUAUUGAUCAAAUAAUUUCAGCUGAGAUACCAAAUCCUGAAACUCAUCAAGAGCUUCAUAACUUGGUAAAAAAACAUAUGAUUCAUGGUCCAUGUGGCAAAGAUAAAAAAGGAUUACCAUCACCAUGCAUGAGAAACGGUAGAUGCUCUAAAUUCUAUCCAAAAAAAUUCAUUGAAAAUACAAUAGUUGAUCAAGAUGGUUAUCCAGUAUACAGGAGAAGGUCCAAAACUCAUACAGUUGAAAAAAAUGGUAUCACAUUGGACAAUAGAAAUGUUGUGCCAUACAACCAUAAAUUGUUGCUCAAAUUUCAAGCUCAUAUCAAUAUGGAAUGGUGUAACCAAUCCUCAUCAAUUAAAUAUUUGUUCAAAUACAUACACAAAGGUUAUGAUAGAAUCACAGCUUCAGUUGUAAGAACAACUAACCAACAAAGAAAUGAAGUCCAGCCAGUGGAUGAAAUCAAAGAUUAUGUUGACUGCAGGUAUAUCUCACCAUGUGAAGCAUGUUGGAGAAUUUUUUCAUACAAGAUUCAUGGUCGACAACCAUCUGUAGAAAGAAUGUUUUUUCAUUUGGUAGGAGAGAAUACUAUUUAUUUCACAGAUUUUGAUCGUAUGGAAAACAUCCUUGAAAAGCCAAGUGUUACUGAAUCAAUGUUCACAUCAUGGUUGCAAGCAAAUGCGGACUAUCCAAGUGCAAGAAAGCUUACAUAUGGACAGUUUGUAACCAAGUUCACUUAUAGCAAGAAAAAGAAAUCUUGGACCCCAAGGAAAAGAGGAUUCAAAAUUGGUCGCUUGAUUUGGGUUCCUCCAACAACAAGAGAAUUGUUCUACUUGAGGAUGAUGUUGACUUUUGUUAAAGGUCCAACAUCGUAUGAAGCUAUUCGGAAAGUUCGAGGUACACAGCUUGAUACCUUUAGAGAUGCAUGCUUUGCCAUGGGAUUCCUUGGAGAUGACAAAGAGUACAUUGGAGCUAUAAGAGAUGCUCAUGAAUGGGGACCAGGAUCUUAUUUAAGAAGAUUGUUUGUGCAUCUACUUUUGUGUGGAACUAUGAAUAGGCCAUAUGCAGUGUUCAAAAAAACUAUUCAGUGGCUUUGUGAUGGCAUUUUAUAUCAUCAACGCAUUGUAGCUAACAACAAAGAUUUGCAACUAACAGACGAGGAGUUGGAAAACUUAACUUUGUUGGAGAUUGAAAAAACUUUACAAGCUAAGAGGAGGAGUUUAAAGGAAUUUGGGUCAAUGCCAUAUCCCAAAGAUUAUGUUCUUCAACAAUUAGGGAAUAGGCUAAUAUAUGAUGAAAGAAAUUAUGAUAUUGCUGCACUAAAAGCAGAAUUUGCUGAAUUGGAUGCUUCCCUAACAGAUGAGCAGAGGAUGAGUUAUAAUAAGAUCAUGAAUGCAGUUGAAAAACAAAAUGGAGGAGUAUUCUUUUUACAUGGUUAUGGUGGAACAGGUAAGACCUACAUCUGGAGAACACUUGCAAGCGCACUAAGGUCAAGACAACAGAUUGUUAUCACGGUUGCAUCAAGUGGAAUUGCAGCACUAAUACUGCCUGGAGGAAGAACUGCUCAUUCAAAAUUCAAGCUACCAAUUCCAACAUUAGAUAAUUCCAGUUGCAAAAUAGAUUAUGAUGAUGAUCUUGCUGAAUUGCUUAGACAAACAAAAUUAAUCAUCUGGGAUGAAGCACCAAUGGCUCACAGAUAUUGUUUUGAAACUUUAGACAGGUGUCUUCAAGACCUUAUGAGUAAAUCAGGAGAUUCUGAUAAGAUUUUUGGUGGCAAGGUCAUUGUUUUUGGAGGUGAUUUUAGACAAAUACUUCCAGUUAUCCCAAGAGGAAGCAGAUCAGAUAUUGUCCAUGCUUCAAUCAAUGCUUCUUAUAUUUGGGAUCAUUGUGAGGUGCUGACAUUAACAAAGAACAUGAGGCUCAGACAAGGAUCAAAUCCUGUUGAAAAUGAUGAAAUUGAGAAAUUCUCAAAAUGGCUUCUAAUGGUUGGAGAAGGCAGACUUGCUGAACCUAAUGAUGGAACUGAUGAGAUUGAUAUUCCAAAAGAUAUUUUAAUUACUAAUUUUGAAGAUCCCAUUAAAGCCAUUGUUGACAGUACUUAUCCAAAUUUAUUGCAAAACUACAAAGAUUAUGAAUAUUUGCUCAGUAGAGCUAUUUUGGCAUCUACAAUUGAAGUUGUUGAAUCCAUCAAUGAUUAUGUAUUGGGUAUAAUGCCAGGUGAAGAAAGAGAAUAUUUCAGUUGUAAUUCCAUUGACAGAUCAGAGAUUCAUGACUAUCAAGUUGUUCAGCUAUUUACACCUGAGUUUUUGAACUCUCUUAGAACUUCAGGACUUCCAAAUCACAGUAUUAAAUUAAAAAUUGGUACACCAAUCAUGUUAAUGAGGAAUAUAGACCAAACUGAAGGUUUGUGUAAUGGAACAAGAAUGAUUGUGACCAAAAUGGCUGAUAGUGUGAUAGAAGCAAAAAUAAUUGGUGGCAAAUACCAUGGAAAUGUAAUUGCCAUUCCAAGACUUGAAAUGUCUCCAUGUCAAUCUCCAUGGCCGUUCAAAUUAACCAGAAGGCAAUUCCCAAUUAUUGUGUCUUAUGCAAUGACAAUUAACAAAUCACAAGGCCAAUCUUUGGAUUAUGUUGGAGUCUAUUUACCAAGAAAUGUCUUUAGCCAUGGUCAGAUUUACGUAGCAGUUUCAAGGGUUAAAAGCAAGAAAGGUAUCAAGAUAUUGAUUCAUGAUGAAAACAAAGUCACAAAAAGUACUACACAUAAUGUUGUAUUCAAAGAGGUCUUCAACAAUAUUUGA